CAACCCAUCAACCAACCCACCACGAUAUUCACGAUGCCCGACCACCUGCCGCUAGGCCAAAUCAACCCAAAUAUUACACCACCGUUACGCAAGAAGAUGGGCAAGAAGCCUACCCCUAUUAUCAAGCGACGAUAUACACCAAAAAACGGCAUCAAACGAGUUGAAAGGUCGUAUAGUCAGCCAAAGCAAGUUGACGUACUACUAUACCUUGAGCACCACCGUUACCCACUUUCCCCUGGCCAGCGACGUCGCCAACGGGCUGGUGAUACCCCUCUUGACCCUGCCAAUGGCCUCCGCCGCCCAACCCUUCGUGAGGCAGCUGCCCACUUCAAAAUACCCCUCCAGACGGUAUCUGACUGGUAUCAACAACGGGACCUCACUUCCAGCAACAACGAGCCUGUGACAAAGUAGUUACUACCGGAUGGUUCAAGCGGGAGGCCUGGGCCCUUUUUACAGCCAACUAUCCCAACACCCUCAUGGCCAGCAACCUGCCUACCUAUCCCUUCCGAUUCUCUGUGGGUUGGUUUACUGGUUUUCGCACACGAUGGAACAUUUCACACCGCCGGCUUACAAAGCAAGCCUUAAAGCUACCUGCCGA